CCUAAGGUACCCAAACAAUAACAUCAUCCGCCGCUGCCCUAAAGUAUAAAUGCCGGCACUUGGGGGCCGUCCCGGUCCACUUUGGGGUUGUCCCGUGGGUCCACACGGAGUAGAGGCGGCGUCUGCCGCACGUCGGGUUUCCGAUAUGGAGGGGCAGUCUCGAAAUUGAGGUCAAUAUUCGUCAAAUGUGUUGGAUAAUAAGAAUCAUAGAGCAAAUUAUAGAGCAAAUUAACAGUAAUAGAUAUUAAAUGGAAUUGCUAAAUUCAUUUACAAAUUAUUCACAGGCCGACCUCGGCUCGCGAUGAUCUCUUUCUUAGUCAGCAAAAGCUCGGAGAUCCGUUCGUUAUUCAGUUCGUUUGUUUCUUGGCGUAUUAAAAACUCGAGCUCUUGUACAUAGCUCCCUUCCGUCCACCAAUACCUAUUACCUAGUUUUCUACCACGAAGGAUUGUACACCUUCUUAUGGCUCAGCACACCCAAUUAAGUCCGCCAUAAAACUAAAUUUGCCAUGGGAAUAACACGUCCGGGUUACCGGAGCAUACUGCUCCUUUUGGGGCUUGCUUUCGCAUCUGGUGUCGCAGCCAGCCUCGGCUCCGAGAAUGCGUCGCGUGCCUCGUUGAGCUUGGACGAAUUGGAAGAAAAGCUUCAGACUUGUUCGGUUGUACAAGAGCUCAACGCUGAGAAGCUUGCUGACGCUUCCGAAACCUCGACCUUAACCUCCCAGAUAUUCGCCGUCUUAUUCCCAGGCAGCCCCGCCGUAAACGCCCUUUUAGCAACCCUUUACAUCUCAGGUCCGCCCAACUUCCUAUUAGCACUAUGCCCGCCGAAUAUCGAUCCUUCGUCGCUGUCGGUCAUGGUGGCAUUUGCUGUAGGUGGAUUGCUCGGAGAUACGCUGUUCCAUUUACUACCCGAGAUCUUUCUCGGGGAAGACAGUCCCGAGCAUGUCCGGUUCGUCCUUGUUGAGCCCAAUCGCAAUCUCCUCUUGGGUGUUGCUAUCAUGGUCGGUUUCAUGACGUUUGUAGCUAUGGAUAAGGGAUUGCGAAUAGCCACGGGCGGAGAAGGACACGAGCACAGCCAUGGAAAUCACUCCCAUGAUACGCCGGCGGAGACCAAAGCUAUCUCGACCUCUGUAGAUGUCCCAAAUGCAGAACUCACAAAACGGAAAAAGGGUAACAAGGAGGAUUCAAAGGUCGACAAACAGGAAAGCGAAAAGGAGAUCAACCCCAGCGCUAAACUAGGUGGCUAUCUCAACUUGAUUGCCGACUUCACACAUAAUAUUACUGACGGUCUAGCAAUGUCGGCAUCGUUUUAUGCCUCGCCUACAAUUGGCGCUACGACGACGGUAGCAGUGUUCUUCCACGAGAUUCCUCAUGAAGUUGGUGACUUCGCUCUACUCGUGCAAUCCGGAUUCUCAAAGCGUGCUGCGAUGGGUGCUCAAUUCGUCACGGCCCUAGGAGCUCUUCUGGGAACGCUAAUUGGCAUCGCCGUUCAAGAAUUUGGUGGUGGCGGCGCAGACGGCAAUGGAAUCGGUAUAACUGAAGGCAUUUGGGGUACCAGCCUUACGUAUGGCGACCUGCUGCUACCGUUCACCGCCGGAACGUUCCUAUAUGUGGGUACGGUCGCAGUAAUUCCAGAGUUGCUGGAGACUGGUUCUAAUAAAACCCUGGAGUUCCGGAAGAUGCUUGUGCAGUUUGCCGCCAUCGCUUUAGGCGCUGGGAUCAUGCUUUAUAUCUCAUGGGAUUGAUUUUGGAUUUAACGGCAUAGAUCGGGUGAACUAUAGAAUGGGGCCGAAUGUCGACUGUAUAAGUUGACAUAUUUAUAGAAAGGACCUGCUUACUAUGAGUUAUAAGUGAGGGACAAAAAGGUUACUAUGGUUCAUGUUUGUCAGUAAAUUCGAACCCGAUUCGUCAUGCCUAGGGGGGGUGUACGAUGUAGUACUCGCUUCUCGCUUCCGUUGGCGGCAGCUGUUAUUACUAUGUAAAACCAAAGACUACCAGCCUCACGAAGCGGAAUGAAACCAUCGUCAAACUUUUCCAUUGCCUACGAUACCCGCUAGAAGCCGGUGCAUUGUGAAGGAUGUUUAUUUAUUAGUAAAAGAAUCCACAGAGAUGCCAAGAAGA